AGCUUAUACUGAAGCAAGUUCUGAGGACGCAGGUGGCGCCGUGGUUUGAAGAGGGGGUUCCAGGCCCCCGCUUCCAGAGGUGCGAACCUGAAGGUCGACCCAGAAAUGGGACGCCGGUCAUCAGACACCGAGGAAGAGAGCAGAAGCAAGAGAAAAAGGAAACACCGGAGACGCUCCUCUUCGAGUAGUUCCUCAGAUAGGAGGACGUACAGCCGCAAGAAGGGCAGGAGGCGGCCACGGUCCGAGUCCACGUCCUGGUCUAGAGACCGCCAGCCUCGCUCACAUUCCUAUGAGAGAAGACGCAGGCACAGGUCAAGCAGCAGCUCUUCUUAUGGCCCCCGAAGAAAACGAAGUCAAAGUCGAUCCAGGGCUCGAGGAAAAUCCUAUAGAGUUCAAAGGUCUCGGUCCAAAAGCAGAACAAGAAGGUCCAGAUCAAGACCUCGUCCACAUUCCCACAGUCGAAGCAGUGAAAGGUCCAGUCACAGAAGAACCCGUAGGAGGUCUAGGGAGAGUGAGCGACGGAAAGCCCGGGACAAAGAGAAGAGAGAGAAGGAGAAGGAGAAAGGCAAGGACAAAGAAGUGCACAGCAUCAAACGAGGAACUGGAAACAUCAAAGCUGGAUUAGAACAUCUGCCACCAGCUGAGCAGGCCAAAGCCAGACUACAGUUGGUUCUUGAAGCUGCUGCAAAAGCUGAUGAAGCACUAAAAGCCAAAGAAAGGAAUGAAGAAGAAGCAAAGAGAAGAAAAGAGGGAGACCAAGCCACCCUGGUGGAAUAAGUAAAAAGAGUUAAAGAAAUCGAAGCCUUUGAAAGUGAUUCUUUUGUUCAGCAGACAUUCAGAUCAAGUAAAGAAGUCAAAAAAUCAGUAGUAGAACCAAGUGAAGUGAAGCAUGUGACUCCAGCAUCAGGACCAGCAUCAGUAGCUGCUCACCCACCCAGCAUCGGAAAGGAAAUAGACCCUGACAGCAUCCCCAUGGCCAUCAAGUACCAAGAUGACAAUUCUCUGGCUCAUCCAAAUUUAUUUAUUGAAAAAGCUGAAGCUGAAGAAAAGUGGUUCAAGAGAUUAAUUGCUCUCCGACAGGAAAGACUAAUGGGCAGUCCUGUGGACUGAGGAAGAGACCCACGGUUGAAUUGACAGAAGCCUUGAAAAUUUAGGUUUUUAAAUACCAA